AUGUCUGAAAAAGCGUCUGAGCUUCCAGCGGCUAGGUCCGCACCAGAACUGGUAGCGACAGUGGAGUCUGUUGAAUGUGGUUCCCCAGUGGAAGUGAGUCUGGCUGCCCCCACAGCCUCCCUGGAAGACGUCUCUGUCAGUCUGAAAUGUGUGACGGAUCCAUCAUCAUCACUAGAGGGAGAGGUGGUCGGGAAUGGUGUAGGGAUCUUCAGCAUCUCCGUCACUCCUCAGGUCAGAGGUCGGCAUGAUCUCAUAGUGAAAGUGAAGGACAAAGAAAUUGCGGGGAGCCCCUUCCGAGUCUUUGUCAAAUUACCUCCCUCUCAACUGGGAAAAAGUGGAUCUCGUCUCAUUGGUGGCCUCUAUAAAAUCUGGGGAAUGGCCUUCAACAACAAACAGCAGCUAAUGGUUAUUGAAACUGGAAUCAGUUUAUCAGGGGCUAACCAGAAAAAGCGGGUAACUAUAGUGGAACGAGACGGAGGGAAAGUGGGAGUCAUUCAGUGUGACAAAUUCCAAGAUCCUCAUGCAAUUGCACAAUCUUCCGAUGGAUCAAUAUUUGUGGCCGAUUCAGGAGUCAGUGUAAACUGCCUCUUCAAGUUUGGCCCAGAGGGACAGCUAUUACAUUGUGAACACAGCCUCUUUGAAGAUUUUCCACCAUUUGAAGUCGCAAUGAUAAUUAUCGAUGAUGAAAUUUACAUUCUCGAUGGCCGUAAGAAACUAGUGAGGAUAUUUGAUACACACUGCAAGGCUGUGGGGAGUAUUGAUGUGAAGGAAUGUGACAUGCCUACUGAUAUUGCGCAAGGUCCUGAUGGCCUGUACGUGACGGGCUACGGAAUUUACGUGUACGAGUGUGCUCCAAAUGGGGCUCUUAUCCGCCAACUAGAGUUUGCCUUGUCUUCCCCAAAUUUCUAUUUCCGUGGAAUAAUUUUUGAUCCCAGCUGUCGUAUCGUUGCUAGUGACGCUAGCAAUGGUGUGUAUGUGUUUACUGUCUGUGGUGAAUGUGUCGGUCAUGUCACCAGUGAAGCUCAAGACACAGAUCUCGAUGAUGGGGUGCCUUAUGUUGAAGAGCCUGGUCGGUUGACUAUUGACACGGACGGCUACGUGUAUGUUCAUAGUUACCGCAGUUCAACUCGUAUUUUUGUUUUGUAA